GGCACCCCUGGCCCCCAGCUUGGAACCGUUCUGCAUCGCCCCGCCGCCCGACGUCCCCAAGGACGGAGUCGAAAGGUCACAUCCUAUCUGUCAGUGUUGUGUGACAGCGUCGCCACGGGAUCUGCAGAGUCGGAACUCGAUCCGUAAUGCCUCCUGUCUGCAUCUUUCAAGAUGGAGGAGAAACCUGUGGGAGAGUCUACUGAAGUGGUGUCUAAAGUCAAAAUUUCCACCAAGGUAGAAAGCACAGGACAUUGGCUGGUGGAAGAUCAUGCUCGAAUAUGGGAAGUUUUAAAGACAGAGGAGAGCUCGAUUCAGGACUGGGGUGAAGAGGUAGAGGAAGGAGCUGUUUACCAUGUCACCCUCAAAAGAGUCCAGAUUCAACAGGCCGCCAAUAAAGGAGCAAGAUGGCUAGGGGUUGAAGGGGACCAGCUGCCUCCAGGACACACUGUCAGUCAGUAUGAGACCUGUAAGAUCAGGACCAUAAAAGCGGGCACGUUGGAGAAGCUUGUGGAGAACCUGCUCACAGCGUUUGGAGACAAUGACUUCACCUACAUCAGCAUCUUCCUGUCAACGUACAGAGGCUUCGCCUCCACUAAAGAAGUGCUGGAGCUGCUGCUGGACAGGUAUGGAAACCUGACAGGCCCAAACUGUGAAGAAGACGGAAGUCAAACUUCAUCAGAGUCCAAGGCAGUGAUCAGAAAUGCGAUCGCUUCCAUCCUGAGGGCUUGGUUAGACCAGUGUGCAGAAGACUUCCGGGAACCCCCUCACUUCCCUUGCCUACAAAGACUGCUGGACUAUCUCAAGCGGAUGAUGCCUGGUUCCGACCCAGAGAGAAGAGCCCAGAACCUUCUUGAGCAGUUUCAGAAACAGGAAGUAGAUGCUGACAAUGGGCUUCCCAACCCCAUCUCCUUCAGUCUGGAAGAGGAAGAGGAAGCGGAGAGUGGAGGAUCAGCAGAAUUUACAUGUUUCUCUGAAGACCUCGUGGCGGAGCAGCUGACCUACAUGGACGCACAACUAUUCAAGAAAGUUGUGCCUCACCACUGCCUGGGAUGCAUUUGGUCUCAGAGGGAUAAGAAGGAAAACAAACACUUGGCUCCCACGAUCCGCGCCACUAUCUCUCAGUUUAAUACCCUCACCAAAUGCGUCGUCAGCACCAUCCUGGGGGGCAAAGAGCUCAAAACUCAGCAGAGAGCCAGAAUCAUUGAGAAGUGGAUUAACAUUGCUCACGAAUGUAGGAUCCUGAAGAAUUUUUCCUCCUUGAGGGCCAUCGUUUCUGCACUGCAGUCUAAUUCUAUCUAUCGGUUGAAAAAGACUUGGGCAGCCGUCCCAAAGGACAGAAUGCUGAUGUUUGAAGAACUUUCAGAUAUCUUCUCUGACCAUAAUAACCAUCUGACUAGCCGGGAACUGCUCAUGAAGGAAGGAACCUCAAAAUUUGCAAACUUGGACAGCAGUGUGAAAGAAAACCAGAAGCGAACUCAGAGGCGGCUCCAGCUUCAGAAGGACAUGGGUGUGAUGCAGGGAACCGUUCCCUACCUGGGCACCUUCCUGACUGACCUCACCAUGCUGGACACUGCUCUUCAGGACUACAUCGAGGGUGGACUGAUAAACUUUGAGAAAAGGAGAAGGGAAUUUGAAGUUAUUGCCCAGAUCAAGCUCUUACAGUCUGCUUGCAAUAGCUAUUGCAUGACCCCAGACCAGAGGUUCAUCCAGUGGUUCCGGAGACAGCAGCUCCUGACCGAGGAGGAGAGCUACGCCCUGUCGUGUGAGAUUGAAGCGGCCGCGGACGCCUGUGCCGCCUCCCCCAAGCCCCGGAAGAGCAUGGUGAAGAGGCUCAGCCUGCUGUUUCUGGGGUCUGACAUCAUCACCGGUAGCACUCCCACCAAAGAGCAGCCCAAGUCCACAGCCAGUGGGAGCUCUGGCGAGAGCAUGGACUCCGUCAGCGUGUCGUCGUGUGAGUCAAACCACUCAGAGGUGGAGGAGGGCUCCAUCACGCCCAUGGACACGCCUGAUGAGCCUCAGAAGAAGCUCUCUGAGUCCUCCUCAUCUUGUUCCUCGAUCCAUUCCAUGGACACAAAUUCCUCAGGGAUGUCGUCCUUAAUCAACCCCCUCAACUCGCCUCCAUCCUGCAACAACAACCCUAAGAUCCACAAGCGCUCGGUCUCUGUGACAUCCAUCACCUCCACGGUCCUGCCUCCCGUUUACAACCAGCAGAGCGAGGACACCUGCAUCAUCCGCAUCAGCAUAGAAGACAGCAACGGCAACAUGUACAAGAGCAUUGUGUUGACAAGCCAAGAUAAAACGCCUGCUGUGAUCCAGCGAGCCAUGCUAAAGCACAACCUGGACUCAGACCCGGCCGAGGAGUAUGAGCUGGUGCAGGUCAUCUCGGAGGACAAAGAACUGGUGAUUCCAGACUCAGCAAAUGUCUUUUAUGCCAUGAACAGCCAAGUUAAUUUCGACUUCAUCUUACGUAAAAAGAACUCAGUGGAUGAGCAGGUGAAGCUGCGAAGUCGGAGCAGCUUGACUUUGCCCAGGACAGCUAAGCGGGGCUGUUGGAGUAACAGACACAGCAAGAUCACCCUCUGAAGGGGACCAGUGACUCCUGCCAAAGGCAGAGAGGUGUUCAGAAAAGGCUUUGGUCAUGGCAACUACCGUCCAGUGUUUGAAGAUCACUGGAGAUGCCAGCAGAUAUUUAUCAAGUACUUAUGGUGUACAAAGCACUAUGUGGGAAGAGUGGAAAUGAACUGACUUGAAAAGGAUGGAAUGAUCCGCUGAUUCUCUGACCUGUGUGAGACUGAAAUACAAAAUGAUCCCCAUGAGGUAUAUGUGCACACAUAUUUUGUGUAUAUGUGCAUAUAUAUAUAUAUAUAUAUAUAUAUACACAUACAUAUAUGUAUGUAUUAGAGGAACUUUAUGGGAUAUUCUGGACUGUGGAGAAAACAAUUUUCACAAUGACCUGGGAAGUUGAGGUCACUUAUUACAGGGAGAUAGACGGAAUGGAGAGCCUAGUCUCACGCCUUCCAGGAGAAUCAGACCUAUGAAUGCAGUGUCCUUCGUGCCAGUGUUACAAGAAGCCCAAGCUUUAUUUGUGUAAAGCGUGUGUGUGUGGGGGGGAGGGGGCAUUACCUUCUCAGUCACCUGCCGCCAGAUAAAACAACUGCAGAAGCUGGAAUGGCCACGGGCUGCGUGAAAGACCCCCACGGAGAGGGUGUGGAUGAGCCUGUGGUCCCCACUCUCUGCCUGCCGCUGCCUCUCUCUGCUCCCCGGUGGGUCUGGAGGAGCCUUAGAGGCCCCCACGCUCUGCUGGUUGCCCUUACAAUGCCUUGAGCCAACACAAGCCUGUUUCAGUUUCUGGAAAUCCUUGUACUUCUGCAUUCUCUCCUAAAGACCAUGUAAUCCCUGCACAAGUAGCCAUGGUCUUCGGUCACUUACCAGCCAGAAGAGACCGCGCAAGAGAGUGGUGACCUGUUUGCACUCAGCUCCGUCUUGGAAUGCCACCACUCCCUUGCCUCUCUGAUUGCCUUUUGCAUGUAAAACCGUAUGUCUUGGAGUCUUUGGCCAUCUGGAUCCUAGUAUCUCUUAUUAUGUGCAAUUUGUUCCUCAGGUGUAGACAUUUCUCCUGUGGUUGACUACAUCGGUCAUUUUGAGCCCGUGAGGGGCUUCUGAACAGCGAUUCCGUGUUACUAAGCCCUCAGAAACGCGUUCCCUGCUGGCAGCACUGUCUCAUUUUCCUGACUUCUGCAGCAUUCCUGUGCCUAGCCGCAGGGAAACAGGACUUCAUGUAUUAUCUCAGUCCUUCCUCCAAGAGGUGCCUCCUUCCAGAUGGAAUCAGUACCGCUCUCUUCACAUCCCCUCACGUGCUCUCCGACUGUCCCUGUUAGGUGACAUUUUUGUCUCUAGUAACACCAUCACACUCUCCCAUUCCAAAUCUGAGCUAUGCUGGGGUUUGAACUAAAAAGCCAUAUGUGGGAAGUUGACUUGUAUAAAAAGCACUUUCAGAUUGCUGUCUUUUUUUUAAGAAAAAACAUUCCCAAAAUACCAGUUUUUAUUCCAAAAAUAAAAAGAAUGAACUGAGAAUAUGAAGUACAGAUUGUAAUGUAGAGCUUUUUUUUUAAAAAAAAAAAAAUUCUAACCCUGUAUUGCAACUCCCAGAGGAUGUGUGGGACUUACUUUACAUAGAUAGCCAUAUUAUUUCAGCAAGAAACGUUAAAAAAAAAAAAGUUUAGAGAUUUGUGGCAAUGGACCAAAGAAGGAGUCAGGAAGAAAUCAAAUUUCCUGGGUCUUUCUAGGAGGCUGGAUUGUACACUGUGUAGACUGGCUAGGUUCCAGCUAGUGUUUCGACUGGGUUCCAACAGCACUUUCUUCUGUUCUUGAGUCUUGUUUGAUUUGUGCGUCUGCUUGGAGGAGAGACAGCCAGGGCCACAGGUCAAGGCGAAGGUAUCCUCUGCCUGACUUUGUUGGUGCCAGUGUUCAAAAUGUGUAACGAUUGCCCUAGUUUAGGGUGCGGCUGCCAAGAUGUAUCUGUUUUGCUCAUGUACUCACUCCAUGUAUUUAUACUGUACAUGUCGAGCCUAAGAUAUAUGCUGCAAUGUAAAAUAUAUAUAUAUAUACAUAUAUAUAUAUAUAUAUAUUUACCUUUUUAAAAAGACAAUGGAAAUUCUAAGUAGAUGAAACAUGGCCUCAUUUAUUUAAUGCCACUUUAAUUGUCUUAGAUUUGCUUCCAUGUGGACAGCCGGGCGUUGCUUUCAGUACCCGCAUGUUUGUCUUCCUGCAUCUCCAGCAUCUGUUUACCUUUUGGUUCAACUAAUAAACUGGUUUGGGACUUGGUUGGCACGUGCUGCCAGACCCAAA